GAGGAGCGUUGGGGUGAAGAGGUUACGUUAUAGAAUUCCUGUGUGCGACACUACUUGGAUUCAUUUGUAUCUAAUUUGUUUCGUCGGUCAGAAACGAAAGCACAAUGAAUCCGAAGCGUUGUUUGAGUACACAAUCAGGAAAAGAGGUGUUGACUGAUUUUGUUCAUGAUCCUGCAUUUUUCUGCCUUGUCGCAUGUGCACUUUGGAUUCAAGGAAAGGAAAAUGCUGCUGAGAACAUAGCAUGAAACUACCUUAACAUCCAUCUUAGAAUAGACGAUAUUUUUAGGAAAUGACGACGUUUCUUCGUUUUGGCAUCGGCUGAGACAUGCUCUCAUGUCCUGUCUGCAGAAAGCAGUGAGUGACGACCCUGACGGAGCGUCGCCUCUGUGGUGAAGGGAACCCACAAUGCUUCUCUAUCGAGCUGCGCGGACCACGAGAAAAUGGAUGUUCUUGUUUGGGCUUUUAUUUUCUCUUCAAAUUUUUUGCCCGGCAGCGUCUGAACAAGCGACCGAAGGAGAUGACGAGACAACAUUCGAGGACGCAGGUCUUCGAAUUCAAGAUGUUGUUGCAUCCCCGCAAAGCCAUUCCUCAAGUGGCAAUGGCGACGGUCCCCUCGAAGAAACCAAGUGGUUUCUCGUGCCCUUUCCAGAGAACAUGCAGCAGAUCCGUGGCAUCGCUUUGCCAUGUGAGUAUUUCGGACAUAUGUACUCUUUCGAAGUGAGCUUUGCAGCCUUCAUUCGGGAUAAUGUUUUCCUACGUGCAGAUUCCGCUGAUGAGGCAGAGUUUGUGCUGCUGCCACAUUGCAUUACAAUGGUCUACCACGCCCUGCGAUACCAGAUGGGAUUCAAUACGCGCAGAAAAACGUGGGAAGCGCUCCACAUAGCGCAGGCAGAAUACUUGUUGGUAUAGAAUAAGCGAUCACUCAUUCAAUUAACAUUGAUAAAACAAAUUCAAUACUGAGAAGUUGAGAUGGGGCUAGCACCAGAGCUUGUUAGUUGUUACCACGAGGGUGCUUGGCUAGCAACUUCUAUUUUUGCUGGUAGUCCCUAAACGUUUGAUAAAUUUGUUGAAUGUUUGGUACACAUUUAGACUCCGUAUUUAUUAGGUUAUUUACCUCAUUCUUGCCCUUCAUUACCACCCUUGAUUUCGUGGACACGUGCCCAACCUUGGUUUGAGCGGAACCGCCAUAAGAUGGUCGUGCCAUACGCGAUGGAUAAGGGGCGUGUCGACUACCCACUAGCCUCGGAGGCUACCCAAGACUGGCACGCAGUCACCACGGUGGGCUCCCGAACAUGGCUACGGGAUCGAGUGGUACAUGUGACGCUGCGCAGUGGGAAUGGCAUUGGAAGGGAGAAAGUGAUGCACUCGGGCCCUAGGGCUAGAGGAUUGGAGGAAGAAGAGGCCAUCAACGUAUCUCCUGUUGGCACCUUUUCGGGAUACGAGGAGCCGAUAACAGAGACUGAUGAUAUUGAAGCUUCAUCAGACAGGGUCGGAGACGUUCCGGGUCAUGGGGACGACAGUUCAAAAAAUUUCGAUGCUGAGUCUUUAGCUGCUGUCAUUGAAGAAGAGGUGCACAUGGAAAAAGAUGCGGAGAAAGAGGAAAAUGCUGAUAACGAGGAAGCCACUCCUUCCCCCCCGAAUAAGGCUGCAUUAUCCAAGGAAAAUGAAGAGGACGACCAAAAUUCGGAAGCGUAUUGGAAUAGUGCCAAGUGGAUUGAUCCUGUGUUUCACUACGAUAAGGAGAAAGCGGUCUUUGGAUUUCUGCGUCGAGAACGAACAAGACAGAUACUUCGACUUCAGAAGAAUUUGAACGCCGUCGACGAGCUCAAUGCAAAUGUUGGAGAACUUGAUACAGCUACGUCAAAUAUUAAGUCUGCACCUUCACCCCUUCCCUUUGAUCCUUGCUGGAACCAAACCAGCGUGUCUAAACGAGCCUUCUUGUGGUAUCCGCAGGAUGCGAUUGUCCCUGUCCCCACUGCUUUCUAUUUCACCGAAGAAGCCGCCUCAACCCAGAACCGGUUUCGUCUACUUUUCUAUGCUGCAAGUGUCAAUUCGUGCACGCGGCGACUGGUGUCCGAUGUCGCACACAUCUUCUGGAAUGAUGGCAAAAGCAAAGGUGGUUCAGCUGCUGUGGCUUCUGAUGUUCAAAAUAUAGCGCAACAGCAAGAAUACAGUGAUGUCUUGGUUCUCGCUGGCACUGUAGAUCGAGACACAUGGCGAGGAUACAUGUACGAAAGUCGGUACUGCCUCGUGCCCGACGGGUUUUCCUCUGUAUCAGCUAGGCUGUUCGAAGUGAUGAUGCACGGCUGUUUGCCAGUGAUCAUCUCCGACGCCUUUCACGGGGCCUUCGAGCACUCUCUUCCGUGGACGUCCUUUGCCGUUUUUGUGGCUCGCCGGGACGUCACGCGACUGCCGGAGAUUCUCCGUCAGAUUCCAGACGAAGAGUAUGUCCGCCGACAUCAGGACAUGCGCUCGAUUCAUCCGAUGUUGCACGAGGAGGCCGGUCAGUUUUGGACAGCGCUUUUCAAAGAGCUUCGCAUCAGAAUUAUGAAUAACGUCUAGCAAGUAUCUAUACGAAUUAUAUGAUAGAUUGAUAGAUUUAGAAACAAAUAGUUAUUGCUGUGUAAGUCUUGGCAACAAUGUUUCUGCUCACUCAUGACAGCGGAGCGGCGAAGACUGUUUGUUUACAUACGCGCGACAGCGAGAAUGAGGUGAAAACUAGCAAUUCCUUGGGCAUUCGGUAUUUGUGAGAUCUUCUAAAAUACGGAUGGCACCCGUCAACGUGGAGUAA